AUGCCUAUUCUUGUAAGCCAACCUGCCAUUGGUCAUCAGGCUCCUUAAGUACCCAGUGCCAACCCACAGGACUGGCUUACCCCAAAACAGACCUUGGAGAAUAGUCAGACUUCUGCCAGAGCCUGCAGUUUCUUCAGCAAUGCCUGGGGCAAUCUAAAGGGCUUAGAAAACUGGCUCCUCAACAGUCAUCAAGACAUUCCUGGAAAACCAAGUUCCUCAAAGUGUAACAGCCAUGGUAGCACCAGCUCUUUCUCUACUGAAGUUGAAAAAGUUGAAGAUGUAGAGCUCCUUGAUCAAGAUGACCUGGACCUGUCUGAUUGGUUGGUGACUCCCCAAGAACCCUGUGAACUGGAGAAGCCUGAGAAUGGUAGCUGUGAAACAAGUGAGAAGUUUAAACUCUUAUUCCAGGUGUUCACAGAGCCCUACAAUGUGAAUGAUUGGCUUGUCAAGCCUGACUCCUGUACCAACUGUCAGGGUAACCAGCCCAGAGGUGUGGAGAUUGAGAACCUGGGCAAUCUGAAAUGCCUGAAUGACCACUUUGAGGCCAAAAAACCACUGUCAGUCCCCAGCGUAACCACCGAGGCUUGGCUUGUCCAGAACCAUCAGGACCCAUGUAAAGUAGAGGAAGUAUGCAAAGCCAACGAGCCCUGCACAAGCUUUGCAGAGUGUGUGUGUGAUAAUAACUGUGAGAAGGAAGCUGUGUAUAAAUGGCUUCUGAAGAAAGAAGGAAGGGAUAAGAAUGGAAUGCCUGUGGAACCCAAAUCUGAGCCUGAGAAACACAAAGAGUCCCUGAAUCUGUGGCUCUGUCCUUCCAGAAAUGAGCUAAUUGAACAAGCUAAGGCACCCAAGGCAGUGGCUCCCGCUAGAAUUGCUGAUUCCUUCCAAGUCAUAAGGAACAGUUCCCUGUCAGAGUGGCUUAUUGGGCCCACAUGCAAAGGAGGGGGCCCUAAGGAAGUGCCUAGUACUGAGGAGAGAGCUGGCAAAGAAAUGCUUAAAGUCCCUAUGGCCACUUCCUGGUGUCCCUUUAAUACUGCUGACUGGGUCCUGCCAGGAAAGAAAGUGGGAACCCUCAGCCAGUUCUCCUCUGGAGAAGAUAAGUGGCUACUUCGAAAGAAGGCCCAGGAUGUGUUUCUUAAUUCACCCCUACAAGAAGAACGGAACUUUCGCCCAGAUUGUUACGGCCUCCCAGCAGUUUGUGAUCUCUUUGCCUGUAUGCAACUUAAAGUUGAUAAAGACAAAUGGCUGUAUAGAACUCCUCUACAGAUGUGAAGCAAUGGACUACUAGAAUUGAACAGCUUUCCUGCAGAUUACCACACAUCCUUGAGCUGAGUGACUGUGACUUGCCAAACCAUUGUUUAUUCCAGGCCUGACUAGUCAACUUAACUCCUUUCCUGCUUAGUUUUGAAUUAGUAAACAGAAAUCAUCAAAUUAUGAGCUAGUGUGUGAAAGAAUGCCAAGUGAUUCAGUUCCUUCUUAGAGAAGCACUAACUUAACUCCCAUACUAGAAACAGCAUCUUGGUACACUGGCCGUUAGCAGGUCCACAAGAAACACUAGUUUUAAAAGUGAAAUAUUUCUAUAUCAAGUGUGUUAGUGUAUUCUAAAACCAGUAAACUUUGCUGACUUUUGAUUGUCUUUUAGCUGUUUCUCUUGCUAUGGGCUUCUAGUGGUCUGAAAUUUUUUUGUUCAGUUGAUAGAAUAUUUCACACAAAAAUAAUUAACCCUGCCAAUACAGUAUAUUUUGCCCUACUGAAUGUCUUAUAAUGCAAUUUUUGAUAUUAAUCAUCAGAUAUUUAGCCUACAUGUCAUUCCUAACAUUUUUCAUUUGAAAGAAAUUAAGUAUCAAGUGAGCUCUUUGAAAAGGACUCUAUUGCUUCACGACUACUUUUAGGGCAGUCAGAGCACCUGAAGUCCUACAAACCUUGUCUUUAAAGAGCCCCAGGCCAUCAGAAACAGAAAGGCAAAAUGUGUUAGGGACGUAGUACCUGACCACUCAUCACCCUAAGGAUUUAUUGGUGCAUCCUGUGUAAAUGGAAGCUGAGCUUGACACCUGGUGCUCUUAACUAGGGAUAAAGUCAAUGUCCUGUCACUUCAAGCACAGCAUCCUGAACCUCCAAAAGUAUGGUGCAGUGACAUCUUGAUUAACAACAGGCUGUGCCCAACACUUGUGCCUUGGAGUGUUUAUUGAAACUUCCUUGAGUUAUGCCUACAUUUUAGAGAGUUUCUCUGUAGGAGAGCAACAGGAUUUCUGUUUCACAAUUCUCCAAGAUAACUUAGCUGCUUUCUCCGCUUUGAACUAUUAAGCCUCUGAACUGCCUAUGCUAUUGGAAGAACUUGUGGGAAAUUUUUUUGUCCCAUAGUGACAUUGUCAUACAGCUUUACUAAAGUUCUGAAUGACAGCUGAAAAGAGCCUCAUAUUUUCUUAUGUCCCCCCAGAUGCCACUGAGUAUUAUAAAGUUGGUGGGUAAAAACAAUUUAAGGAGCCUUCCCAACAUCUUAGGUUGCAGGCAACUUUGUAGUUUCUCUUUUGAGGUCUAACACACUGUAUUUUACAUUAUUAAAAUGUAAUUUAAGUUAAUCACUAUGCUAAUGAUAAAUAAAACAUUCUUUUGCAUUGGUUUUAUAUCUCCAUUAAAAGCAUAAUGGCCACA